GCUAAAACAAGCCGAGUAAUGGAAAGGGAAGUUUGAGUCAAGAAAACAGCAGCACACAACUUGUGUGUCCGUUCUGAGCAUCGAGAACUAGAGUGAAAGAUUUACAGACAAAGCUUACAAGCAUGGAAGUCAUCUUUAAGGAAGAGCAGCUGUAUCUUCACGGGGUCAAGUUUGGAAAAAGAACGUGGCGAAAAAUAUGGAUGGUGCUCUUUAAGCCCAGCUCCAUGGGGGUGGGGCGGUUGGAGCUCUCCACUGUACUUGACAACAAUGCUGCUGCUGACCACAGGAAGGUCGGUCGGCAGAAAUCAUCCGAAAGGAAAGUGGUGCGUCUAAGUGACUGCCUCAGCGUCGUCCCUGCUCCGAGGGAGUCUUGCCCUCAUGGGUGCAAAGCCUUCUACUUACACACCACUCAGUGCACCUACACCCUGGCCUCCAGGACAAGCCAGGAAUGGAUAAGUGCCCUCAGUCUUCUGGCCUUCCAGAAGGAUCCUGGGGAAUCAGACAAAGGGGCUUUCGAGAGAGGAAAUGGCUUGACCAUGGAGGACAAUGACCUUUACUCAUCUUGGAAAAAAGAUCUCACCCUCCCUCCAAACCAGUACCAGGUGACUGUUCAGAGCACAGAGGCAUCCAGGAGGUGCAAGUUGGCUGGGGAGUAUCUGGUCUCCCUAGAAAAAGAGGCCUUGAUGCUGCUGGCCAUCAAUACUGGUCACAUAUUCUACCGCUGGCCAUACAAGCUCUUACGCAAAUUUGGACUUGUUGAGGGUGGAUUCAGCAUGGAAGCAGGCCGUCGCUGUGAGUCCGGAGAAGGAGUGUUCAUCUUCCUGUCCAGGCAAGGCCCCCAGAUCUUCCAGUUUAUAUCAAAGCAGUGCUCUGUGGAGAGAAGGUCCGCUGUCCAGCCACUCAUUGUCCACAGAAGAUCACUCUGUGACCUGUCCACUGUUAUCGUCCCAACUACACCCUGCUGGCCCGCUGCUCCCCCUGUCCACAGCCCUGCAGAGGACGAGUCUGCCGACCACUACUCCACUAUUGACGACCGCCGUAGGUCUAAGGUGGAUGAAAAGCGGAAUUCUUUCGUCGAAGCUCAUUUCUCUGUGGGGGAAAAAGUUGAGUUUGAGGAUGAGCGGUGUCAUUCCCUGGAUGCUGUAAAUCUGGAUAAUUUCAUGGACGACAGCAUUUAUUACAACCUAAGGAGAGCCACGCCUCCUAUGGUCAGAAACGGCAAGUUCAAACCUGUGAUGGAGUCAGAGUGCAUCUAUUCUGACUUGAACUUGGUUCAUUCUUCCUCGAAUCCCCAGCCGCUGCCCUCCUCGCCACUCCCUGAGCUUGUUCCCCAGGCUCCUCCCUUCAGCCAUUCCCAGUCGGUCCCCUACUCCCCAGCCAAGGCCCGACACCAGCGCCAGCCCCCUGCGAAUAACUAUGUCCAGCCAGGGUACAAUGCACAGGCACAGGCGCUGGAUGACAUGAAGGAGAUGGAGGAGGCCAUCAGCUCCUCCACCCGUGUGACCCCCCCAGAGGCCCUUGGCAGUUUUAAACAGAGGCUGGCAGAAAUAAUUUCUAAGGACCUGGCAAAGUUCCAGCCACCUCUUCCCUCUGGAGGGGGCAGCCCCACGUUUUCUCAGUAGGCUAUUAGUUAACAGCCAGACCGGGAGGAGCAAUUUUAACCAUGAUAGACUGCCAUGGAGCAGAAUUUGUUUCUUUAUUUCUUUUAAAAUCCCCUCUGCUGGGUGCACUUGGCAUCAGGUUUUGGCUCACAGAUGUUUCUAUGUUUAUCAGUUGUAUUGAAAAAGGCAUCUGGAAAACAUUUUAUUUUGUGGACUGUUUUGGCAAAAAGAGGAUUCAAGCAGUGUUGGUCUUCACUGCUGGAAUGUUAAGAGAAGCUUUAUGUGCUGCAGUUUAUUUAAUGUGACAUUAGCUGAUCAGCUGAAUGAACACUUGACUGUUGGACUUUUUCAUUAUGGAAAUGGCUUUGAAAAAAAUGUUUCCUUCAGUGUGUUAAACAGCACCUUGGAAUUAGCUUCUUGUUUUUCAUGUUUUUAUUCUCCUAAACUCCCUUUCUUAAAGUGAAACGGUGUGAUGUUUCACAUGUAAAUCAUACAUUUAGCAGCAACUACUGUAUUUUGGACAUUGACGCUUCAGACUGCUGAUGGUAAGAAAUAUUGACUAACUCCGUUUACUGAAAUGUAUUGCUGACCAAAAAAAAGGAAAUAUACAAAAACAACUUCAAAUUCACACGCAUGUUAAGUAUAUAUCUUUAUUGUAGCAAAACAAUCUUCAAAAUACCCCAUAGCUAUACAUAAAUACCCAAAAUAAUUGUUUUUAAUUUAGACAAAUGUCAGUAGUGAUGGUUCAGGCCAUAAAGUGCAUUAAAAAAAGGCCUCUGAGAGUUCACCAUGACCUUAGGAAGUACAAAAUUCAAGAUUUCAGUCUGUGUUUUUCAUUGGCAGUGCAACACCUAAGCUAUCAAAAAGGACAGGAGAAUAUAUAGGACCAUUAUCAACAUUUCU